AUGACGAACUUCAAGAUCUCCGUCACCUCCGACACCAUCUGCCCAUGGUGCUUCGUCGGCCGCAAGCAGCUCCUCGCAGCCAAGGAGCUGUACGCCGAGAAGCACCCGAACUCGGGGGAUGUCUUCACCGUCGACUACCUGCCCUACAUGCUGCUGCCCGACUGGCCGCGAGGACCUGGCGGUGCGCGGGACAAGCAUGAAGCCUACGUCGCUCGGUUCGGCGCGCCGCUCGUCAAGCAGAUGCACCAGCGCCUCCGCAACAUCGGCCGCGAGCUGAACAUUGACUUCAAGUUCGGCAGGCGCACGGGCAACACGCACGACUCGCAACGCCUGGUUCGGCUGGCCAAGAGCUACGGCUCCGACGUCGAGGGCAAGAUCAUUGACGAGCUGUUCUCGUCGUACUUCGAGAAGGAGGGCGACAUCACCGAUCUGGAGAACUUCCGCGGAAUCGCUGCCAAGGCGGGCAUUCCCGACGCGCGCUUCCAGCAGGCUAUCGUGGACAGCGAUGAGGGGGGCAAGGAGGUCGACUACGAGAUGGCGCAGGAGCAGCGGAGAGGCAUCAUGGGCGUGCCUAAGAUCGUCCUGCAGGAUAAAUACCACUUUGACGGCUCACUAGAUCCUGAAACAUUUGUGAGUGUGUUAGAGAAGGUAAAGGCGGCGGAGUAG